AUGUCUAAAUCACACAUUCAAAGAGAUUGGGAACAAAGAGAGUUUAAUGAAGAGAUCAGUUUAAACAUUCAAAAGAUUAUAGAUUUCCUAAACAAGUUUGAUCUUUCAACUAGAAACAAACUAGCAACUGUAAAUGAAAAGUUAUCAAUGUUGGAAAGACAAGUUGAUUAUCUUGAAUCUGCAAUCAAGACUGUCAAUGAAUAG